AUGACAGCAUCACGGCAGCAACGUCGACGUCGUUCAGGCCCUUGGCUGGAAACAAACAGCACUGGCAUUUUCUACCGCCCCGAGGCCCACAUCGACAUUUGCCGACCGCCAUCUCAAGAAGAGUGCCUCCCUACACCGCUAAUAAGCCCAAGACGAUCAAGACCCCACGCCAUACACGUCGUGACCUAUCCAUCUGGAUACGUGCCUCGUGAAUUACGCGCCGACGCAAAAGCCAAUAGGGAACGAACACAGAGGAACCGCGGCGAGAGAUCAUCAUCAAGAUCGAAUCUUGACCCGGGAGUCCCGUUGAUGAUUUCGGGCGCCGCCAACCCGGGCACUGGCGAAAGCACUAGUAAUUACAGCAGCCGCCGUAACAGCAACAUUUUCCACAACAAGAGAAUCCACUCAUCGACAUCGUCGUCGUCGCAAAUCUUCGGACCUGUUCUGGGAAAGCUCAUUGCGUCAAUUUCAGGACUGUCGCCAAACACACCCCAGAGCUCGCCUCUACGAGACGCACCACUGACACCAACACCAGGGCAGGCGCAGGUACCGGCGCUCUCCGCUAUCCCCGCGGCGACACCAUCGGCAUCGACAGGGGUGCUGGCGUCCCCGGCCUAUGACGACGCACAUCAGGACUCGGCAGCCCAGAUCCCACAGCAGGCCCACCAGCAUCGCCCAAGACUCUCGCCCGCUCACUCACACUUACACUGUUUGGACGAAAUGGCUGUGGUCAACAGUAUCGCCAAUUCUCCGGCUGCAUACAACAUCGCAAGUCAACGGAACAGCCUCAUGUCUGUCCGCUCUGCAAAGUCUGCGGUCACCUCACUCGUAACCGAGGUCCCCAAGCCUGUCGCAAGCGGCAGCGGCGUCACCUGCUCAAUAGUCCUUGCCGAACGCAACAUCUUCCUCACAGGCUUUGAUCACGACGGCCAUGUGCAAAGCGACGGCCAGGGUGGCACGGCCCUAUUGCGUGGCAAGCUGCAACUCAACGUAACCAAGAAUGUCAAGAUCAAGGCAGUGCAGCUAAAGUUGCUGGGACGUGCCCGCACCGAAUGGCCCGAGGGCAUUCCCCCCUUGAAGCAAGACGUUUGUGAGGAAGAAAGCUUGAGAACGCAGGUGUUGACAUUUUUUAAUGCGACGCAUGACGGCUGGGAAGGCGAGUAUGGAAACCAGUGCACAUUCAAGUUGAAAUCCAGUUCGGCAAACUCAAGUAGCACAAGUCUUUCAGUGUCACAUCGUCCCGGCAGCCUGCUGCUCUCGUCGUCUUCACGAGGUGGCUUGACGGCAAGGGAGCUCAAGAGACUGUCGUUGCAGAAUACACAGUCACGCAGCUUUGGCACGAGCGAAAACGGAUUGGACACGGGAACCCAAGUCAAGGGCUUCAAGGUGUUUUAUCCAGGCACUUACGACUACUCGUUUGAGCUGCCAAUUGAUCAUCACCAGCUAGAAACGAUCAAGUUGCAAUAUGGCUCAGUCAAGUGGGAGCUUCAUGCGAGCGUGGACCGUGCCGGCGCAUUCAAGCCCAACUUGCAUGGCACCAAGGAGGUUUCGGUCGUGCGACUGCCAGAUCAAAUGUCUCUGGAGACAACCGAACCAAUUUCCAUAUCAAGGCAAUGGGAAGACCAACUUCACUAUGAUAUUGUAAUCUCUGGGAAGAGCUUCCCCAUUGGCUCAAAGAUUCCGAUUGCUUUCAAGCUCACUCCACUCGCCAAGGUUCAACUGCACAAGUUGAAGGUUUACGUGACGGAGUCCAUCGAGUACUGGACAAAGGAUAAACGCGUCACGAGAAAGGAUCAGGGACGCAAGAUCCUGCUCCUUGAGAAGGCAGCUGGGAAGCCGCUUGAUGCGUCGUGGGCCACGUCAGAUCUUACCACUGUCCGCGGCGGUGAGCUCGAGCCGGACCAGCGUCGUCAGGCCAGAGAAAUUGCGAGUCUGAGGCGCACGCGGGAGGCGCAAAGACGCGGCAGGGCUGUUGAACCACUCCCCGAACCGUCCAACAACAUGCUUGGUGAUCUUGACCUUGGCCUGGAGCAUAUGUGGGGGUCUACAGAGAUUGAGGCGAACGUCCAGCUUCCAACGUGUCAAAUGAUGGCGAGGAGCAAGGAUCUCAGACUCCAUCCAGAUUGUAGCUGGAAAAGUGUCAAUGUCUAUCACUGGAUCAAGAUUGUUCUGAGAAUCAGUCGCGUAGACCCCGAGGAUCCGUUGGGGAAGAAGCGCCGGCACUUUGAAAUCAGCAUCGACUCGCCCUUCACGGUCCUCAACUGCCGGGCAACUCAGGCUAAUACGAACCUGCCGGCCUAUGCAAGUCCCAACAAUCAUCAAAUGCCUCAGCAGUCAGCAUGUGGCUGCCCCGACGCGGCUUCGUUGCCAUACGAAGGUUCGCCAAACUCAUCCACGGGCGCGCUGCCCGGUACGGAACCGAGUAAUGAUGGUUUCCCGCUAUCGCCCCGAGCUGCUCAUGUUGCGCACUCGGCAGUGAGCCCCAUGGCCAACGGCUGUAGUGCCUUGCCGUCGAUGGAUGACUCGGGCAUCCAAGGCGAGCCGCGGCCCAUUCACCUGUUGCGUGUGCCCAGCUUCAACCCGCCAGCGUUUGACGACGACGCAGCGCCGCCACCGCUUGUCUUGGCCGAAGACCAAGGGGCAGCACACACUCCCCUGAUGACACCGCCUCCGCAAUACGACGCAGUGAUUGGAACCCCGAGCGUGGACGGUCUGGCGGAUUACUUUACUCGUCUGGCAAACGCAGGCUACAGGAAUGAGGACGACGAUUCAGGAUCGGAUGACUCUGACGAGAUGGGCACGAGAAUAUUGGAGCGAAGCGGACGGGUCAAUGUGGCACAUCCCAGAGCCCCAGGCGGUCGAAUGCCCAGCAGGAGUCUCGAGAUUUCGCGGCGGCCGAUGGAUCCGGAUCAUGCAAACGUGGCGACGCAGGCCGAUGGAAGCGACGACGCCAAUGCCGUCAGCUGA